GGCCCGUAGAUGGAGCUCGUUAACCGGCUGCAGAGCCGGAGAGACACCGGGCCCGGGAGCGCAGUCCCGCCCUGCAGCCGGGACGCGGGGGGCGGAGCGGCCAUCUCGCCGGAGCCGGUGGCAUGGCGCACCGCUGCAGGAAGGGCGGCUCGCUGCUGGGCAGCUGUGUGAUCCUGGGCGCCCUCGUCAACCUCCUGUGUCUCAUCUACGUCGCCUGGGUCAGCAAGGCGCAGCCUCCCACGGCCGAGCGGCCACCGCGGCAGGAGCAUAGCGAGAGCCGCCGGCUGCAGGACAGGCUGGAGCGGCUGGAGGUCCUGGUCCAGGAGCACCUGAAAGAAUCUCCGCAGAAGCAGGAGGAGAACGCAGAUGCUGAGUCUAUCGACAACUCUCCACUCUUCGCCCAGUGGGGAGACAACCUCCCACCCAAGACACGGCUUGCUGCCUGGAGGAAAUUCCAGUACUAUGGCUACAACAGUUAUCUCAGCGACCAGCUCCCGCUGGACAGGCCCAUCCCCGACUUCAGGCCUGAUGGGUGCAGGAACCUCACCUACCCGACUAACCUCCCUCAGAUCAGCGUGGUCUUCAUCUUUGUGAACGAAGCCUCCUCGGUGAUCCUCCGGUCGAUGCACUCGGUGAUGUCUAAAACGCCAGCCCACCUGCUCAAGGAGAUUGUGCUGAUCGAUGACAACAGCAACAAUGAAGAACUACGGAGAGAUUUAGGGGCAUACGUGGAGAGGGUGAACCGUCGCCAUCCGGGAUUUAUAAAGGUGAUCCGGCACGGCCAGCAGGAGGGUCUCAUCCGCUCUCGGAUCAGCGGCUGGAGGGCAUCCACGGCACCCGUCGUCGCUCUGUUUGACGCUCACGUGGAAUUCGGUGAUCAAUGGGCAGAACCGAUCCUCUCCCGGAUAAAGGAAGAUCGAAGGCGGGUCAUAUCCCCGUCCUUUGAUAACAUCAAGUAUGACGACUUUGAGCUUCAGGAGUAUUCUCUGUCGGCUCAGGGCUUUGACUGGGGACUGUGGUGUCGCUACGUCAGUCCCUCGAAGGAGUGGUGGGCUUUGGAAAACGAAAGUGCCCCCAUCAGCAGUCCUUCUCUCAUUGGCUGCUUUGUGGUGGACCGGAGUUACUUUGAAGAGAUCGGACUGCUGGAUGAGGGAAUGGAGGUGUACGGCGGAGAAAACGUGGAACUGAGUAUCAGGGUUUGGCAGUGUGGAGGCAGUGUUGAGGUCCUCCCGUGCUCCAGGCUCGCCCACAUCGAGAGGCUGCACAAGCCCUACACCAAGGAUCUUGCCACACACGUCCGCCGGAAUGCCCUUCGUGUGGCAGAGGUGUGGAUGGAUGAAUUCAAGGAUCACGUCUACAUGGCUUGGAACAUUCCCAGUGAGGACCCAGGGAUCGACAUUGGGGACAUCUCGGAACGGAAGGCGCUGAGGCAGAGGUUACAGUGCAAGAGUUUCAGUUGGUACCUGAACAACGUCUACACACAGAUGAAGAGGUACACAGACACUUUAGCCUAUGGCACGCUGAGAAACGCUCUGAAAAGUGACCUGUGCCUGGAUCAGGGUCCGCCUUCCGACAACAUCCCCAUCAUGUACGGCUGUCACGGAAUGUCGUCGCAGGCCAUUUACUACAGAAGCAACCAGCAGAUUGUGGUGGGGGUGCUGAGCCCCACCCUCGACGCCAUGGACAACCAGUGCCUUGUGGAGAUGAACGGCAGGCCCAGGCUGAUGGAGUGCAGUCAUGCAGAAAGCAAACAGAUGAGGUCACACUGGAGUUUCACUCAGGGGGGCGCAGUACAGAACAGAGUGUCAAAAAAAUGUUUGGAGAUGCAGGAAAGCAGUGACGGUGUCUACGGCUACCAGCUCUUACUUCAGGAGUGUAGGGGCCAGCGAUGGACAAUCUCAAACGUCCUGAGGAAGAUGAAGCUGACAUGAAACGGGACCAUUUCUCUCGCACACUCUCUCAAUGCAGCUGCUUCAAGCACCUACUGUUUUUGUGUCUUAGGGUUUGCAGGAGAUGGGCCGGGUCUCUUCAACUGCUGAAGUGAGGUUUGUAAACAGCUGUUGAGAUGAAAAGAGUGAAAUAUUUUCCACGUGUAAAUAGGUACCCAGGUGGUGGACACUGUUACCCUUGAAACGUCAGAAUGGAGCGGUGUGACUCAUUCCCCUGCCUUGAGACGUGAGGGAGUGUCCUAACACUGGCCGUAUUCUGUGAGGCUUCAUUCUGUUUGUCCAAAAGUAGACAUUUUCCAUUGGUUUUGAAGGUCACUGACAUCAAGGUGAUUGUAAAGCCAAGCAGUGUUCAUUGAUAGUGGAUUGGAAAACUUCCCUUUCCUAGAGGGAUGAGCUUAAGGUGAGAGGGGGAAGAUUUAAGAGGACUCUGAGGGGCAACCUUUUCCACACAGUGUCUAUGAAAUAAGCUGAUAGAGGAAGUGGUUCAGGCAAGAUAAAUUAAGUCCAAAUGUCUUUUAAAUUAACAAUGUUUACACAGAGAGGAAAGGUUUAGAAGGAUAUGGGCCUAGCAGUGAGCUGCGAUAGGCAUUUGGACCAGUUUAGAGAGAAAGAUCAGCUUUAUUUGUCACGUGUCCAUCGAAGCACACAGUGAAAAAUGUCAUUUGUGUUAAUAACCAACGCUGUCCGAGGAUGUGCUGGCCACAGCCCGUGAGUGUCACCGUGCUACAGGCGGCUAACAUAGCAGGCCACAGCGACUAACCCUAACCCUUUGGGCCAGGAGGAAACCCACUGUGAGAACAUGCAAACUCCUUACAGGCAGCAGUGGGAACUGAUCUUCCGAAUGCUGGCGCUGUAAAUAGAGUCAUGGAGCAAUAGAGAAGUACAGCACAGCACAGACCAUUCAGCCCUUCUAGUCUAUGCCAAAAACCAUUUAAACUGCCGACUCCCAAUGACCUGCACCAGACCCUAGGCCUCCAAAUCCCUUCUGUCCCGACUGUGAAGUGCUAAGCUAGCCGUUAUGCUACAAAGAGCCAGCUUCUAUGACUGACUCCCUGAAGAAAGUCCGCAGUAUUUUCUAUUUCCCUACACUUUGCAACUCUGCAACCGAUCCCAGUCUCGCCACCACUGCUGUGACCUUUCCCACCUAACCCACCCACUCCCACAACGUACAGACAGGUCCCACACCAUUUCCACUACCAUCCCCUCCCCACCCCAGACAGCUCAGCCACUCCUCAACAUCCUCUCCACUCUUCUCAUCCCAAACCUAACCAACCCAGACACCAACAUUAUCCCACCUCCACUCCAUGUCCAUAAUCAGAUAAACUCAAAGCAGUUAGUGGGAACGGUGACAACAUUACAGAGGGGUGAAGGGGCCGGAGAGGGUUACAGAUACACAGAGGGGUGUAGGGGCCGGAGAGGGUUACAGAU